AUGGACGCCGACAUGGCCGCCAUGUUCCCCAAUGGGAUCCGGGCCUUGCUCGUCGACGACGACGCCAAGUUCCUGAAAUCGGCUACCGCGACGCUCUCCGCCCUGAACUUCGAAGUGGUGACCUGCAGCACCGUCGCGUAUGCCCUCAGGUCCCUCACCACCGGCAAGCUCAAAGGCUUCGACGUCGUCCUCGCCCACGCCGCCAGGGCCGCCGCCUGCGGCUUCAACUUCCGCGCCAUCGUCGAGGCCGACCUGCUCAUCCCCGUCAUCUACUUCCUCCCGCCGGACCACCAGGCCGCCGGCGACGAGGCCGAGGAGCUGCUGCGCACGCUGGAGGCGCGGGGGGCCUACGUCAUCCAGAAGCCGCUGGACGGCGACGAGGUGCGCACCCGGCUGUGGACCGUCAUCGCGUGGCGCAAGUGCGGCCUGGAGACCAAGGCGAGCGGCGGCGGCAAGCGCGGCGGCGCCGUCCACUUGGAGGCCGGCGUGGGCGCCGGAGGGGAGGACGAGGGCCGCGUCCACUACAAGGUCGUGAGGGCAAGAGCGGCCCGGAAGAGGAAGGGCGGCGCCGGCAGCAGCCAACCCGCCGGAGGUUAG